UCUGCUGCACCAACUUCCUGCCCCCUGCCAAAGCUCUGGAUCCUCGGCUCCCAUCUGGAUGUCUCUCUCGGAGUCUCCCUUCAGAUGCUGUCUCCUGGGCCCUCUCUUCUCCCUCGGCUCAGCUCUGAUUUUCCCUUCUUACUGGUUUCUGGAUCGAUUCCUGAGCGUGGUGGUUGUCACAAGCGUGGAACGUUCCCAAGGUGUGGCCGUCAGGAUUGUCUGUCUGCUGGGGGCCCCGCUCUUCCUGUUGCUUUUCGCCAUCUCUCUGCCGCUUGCGGUCAUGGGGUUGCUGCUCUGGGUUCCUCUUCACCAAGUGCGGCGCCCUUUCUGCUACCAGCGAAGCUCCAGCUCGCGUGUCUACACUGGUGCCAAAGUCCACGGUCCACGAACGUUUACCAUCAUCAGUGCCAACCUCUGCCUCCUGCCCGAUGGCCUGGCGCGGUUCAGCAACCUGGGACAUACCCAAUGGCGCAGUGACCUUAUCGCACAGCUUCUGGUGGCCCCCCAGGAACCGGCCAAGAAUAAGACGGGCGAUGCGGAUGCUGCCUCGGUGUGCAGCGCGGAGGAUGUCCUGACCGUGGUGGAGAGCGUGGCCGAGGAGGAGACGGGUCCCAGUGGGGACGGGGGCUUCCCGGGGCAGGUUGCUGUGACCUUUCCCCCUGAUGCUGACUUUUUGUGUCUCCAGGAAGUGUUUGAUGGGCGAGCGUCACGCAGGUUACGCCAUGUGCUGGCGUCUUCCUUCCCCCAUGUCCUGUACGAUGUAGGCCCCGCAGGGCCCUAUAACUGUGGAUUCCGGUUCUUUAACAGCGGGCUGUUCCUGGCCAGCCGGCACCCGCCAGUGGCUGCCAAGUACUACUGCUACCCCAACGCACGUGGGGAGGAUGCCCUCGCUGCCAAAGGACUACUCUGUGUUAAGGUCCUGGUUGGUGUCUCAGAAGAAAAGCAGAGAAUUGUGGGAUAUAUUAAUUGUACCCACUUACAUGCCCCGGAGGAGGACGCGGAUAUUCGUUGUGACCAAAUGACUCUCCUGCUUCAGUGGAUAUCGGAAUUUCAGUCUCAGAACAGCGAGGGGGAAAUAGUGGCUUUUGAUGUCCUCUGCGGGGACUUAAACUUUGAUAACUGCUCGCCUGAUGACUGUUUGGAGCAGAAGCACGAGUUAUUCUCUGUAUACACGGAUCCCUGCAGGGGCCGCGCGGGGCAGGAGCGCCGGGGCACCGUGGGUACUCUUCUCAGACAGGAGCUUUUAUAUCACGAAGCCGUGAAGACUCCAGAGAACCUCAGAAGGACUCUCCUAUCUGACGGCGAGCGCAAGACUUAUGUAGCAGCCCCGCUUCCGCAGGACGUGGAUGAAGAUGAGCCGUGGUGGACGGGGCGCCGCAUCGAUUACAUUCUGUACCGCAAAUCCCUCUCCGUGUUACCUGCGGUCGUAGAGAAGUUCCAGUUUGUGACACAGUUGGCGGGGCUGUCCGAUCACAUCCCCAUCUCGCUGCACAUUUCAGUCACUGUCCCAUCACUACCUCAUUGUGAAUAAAUGCCAAUAAACGUCAAAUAAAUACAGAAAGUGCCCAGCGCGAUGUCACGAUUUCCUAGAGAAAGGUACCGGGUCACCUGAAUAUCGUCUGCGCGUCAGGAUAAAGAUCAUCAAUAAGACACAACCGGUAACGCUCCUCGCCCGUUGGCUGCAGGGGCAAUAUUUUUAAAUAUUUGCUGGAUAAUAAGCUGAGUCAGGACUCGCGCAUGGCCGAGACAAGUGGGUUCAAGGUUUUUGAUGCCUCGCUACACAUGAGGUUACAAAACAUGCUAAAUAACAUAGAAGGGAGAAGUAGCGUCGGAAAUGUUGCGGUACGUUAAGCACAGUAUCAGCCCCUGGCCGGAUAGCUUUCGGGGGGCCGCCCCGGGUUUAUUAAUGUUUUCUGUUGUGAAGAAUAAAAAUAAUCCGCACAA